AUGGCAACUUCCACUGUUGCUAUCAUUACUGGUGCAAGCCAGGGGAUUGGACGGGCCACUGCUGUGCGCCUGUCACAGGACUUUUCAUCCUUGGUUCUCGUUGCGCGGAACAGGGAGGGGCUGUUGGAGACGGCAAACCUGGUUGCCAAGGCUGGCGCUGCCAAAACGUUGUUGUUGAGCCUUGACCUAAGCGACCCUGGGUCAGCAGACACUGUUGGCACUAGAACAUUGGCGGAGUUUGGCAGGAUAGACGCGCUUGUGAACAUAGCUGGCGCUGUUCCCCAAACUGACCUCUUUGACAUGGAUGACGCAGCGUGGGAUAGCGGUUUCAAUCUCAAGUUCCAUGGCGCUCGACGUCUUACGAUUCGUUCUUGGGAUUCACUUAAGGCGACUGGCGGCUCUGUCAUCUUGAUAUCGGGCAACUCAGCUGAAGCCCCGAAGGCUCCUUUCGCGGCUGUGGCAUGCGUGAAUGCAGCGAUCAUAGCGCUGGCCAAGGCGUUCUGGGACAGAGGUAUACAGGAUGGGGUGCAGGUCAAUAGUGUACUGCCUGGACCAGUGAUGACGGGUCGCCGACGCACAUAUUUGGAAAAAUGGGCUCCUAAUCACAAUAUCACCGUGGAGGAGGCGAUGAAGGCAUUUCCAACGGAAGCUGGUAUAACGCGUUUUGGAGAGCCUGAAGAGAUUUCAGAGCUGAUGGCAUUUAUCCUUUCCCCUGCUGCAAAGUGGAUGACUGGCUCUGCUCUGCGCAUGGAUGGUGGAGAGAUCAAGUCAACAUAA